AUGAGGUGCUGCACUUUAGUAGUGUGUUUGCUGUUGGGAAUAAGCGUGCAGAACGGAUGGAGCCUUCCCCUCAAGUCAGUCUUUGUCACCUUCCCAGGAGACAUCAUCAGAAACAUGACUGAUAUGGAGCUGGCAGAGAGUUAUCUAAAGAAGUUUGGCUACAUGAACACAGUUCAGCGCAGUGGCUUCCAGUCCAUAACAUCCACAGACAAGGCCCUGAAAAGGUUGCAGAGACAGUUGGGUCUGGAGGAGACCGGUCAGCUGAACAAGCAGACGCUGGACGCCAUGAAACAACCCCGCUGUGGCGUUCCUGAUGUCGCCAACUAUAAAACCUUUUCUGGAGACCUCAAAUGGGACCACAAUGACAUAACUUACAGGAUCAUGAACUAUUCUCCAGACAUGGACAGCUCUCUGAUUGAUGACGCCUUUGCAAGAGCCUUCAAGGUGUGGAGCGACGUGACCCCUCUGACCUUUACUCGCCUCUUCCAAGACACAGCUGACAUCAUGAUAUUGUUUGGAAAAGCUGAACAUGGGGAUCUAAGCCCGUUUGAUGGUAAAGAUGGACUUCUGGCUCACGCCUAUGCUCCUGGUGAGGGGCUACAGGGAGAUGCCCACUUUGAUGAUGAUGAGCUCUGGACUCUGGGAAAAGGACCAGCUGUGAAGACUCGUUAUGGGAAUGCUGAUGGUGCCAUGUGUCACUUCCCCUUCAACUUUGAUGGCAAAUCUUACACCUCCUGCACGACUGAGGGCCGUACAGACAACCUGCCGUGGUGCUCAACUACAUCUGAUUACGACAGGGACAAGAAAUUUGGCUUCUGCCCAAGUGAACUUCUGUACACAUUCGGAGGAAAUGCUGAUGAAGCUAAGUGCGUUUUCCCCUUCACCUUUCUGGGGAAGGAGUAUGACAGCUGCACCACAGACGGCCGCAAUGACGGCUACCGCUGGUGCGCCACCACAAGCAACUUUGACACGGACAAGAAAUAUGGAUUCUGUCCCAGCCGUGACACGGCUGUAAUUGGAGGAAAUUCUGAGGGAGAGCCCUGCCAUUUUCCUUUUGUGUUUCUGGAAAAAGAGUAUAACUCUUGUACAAGUGAGGGGAGAGGAGAUAGAAGGCUGUGGUGCAGUACCACCAGGAACUAUGAUGAAGACAAGAAAUGGGGCCUCUGUCCUGAUCAAGGUUAUAGCCUGUUUCUAGUGGCAGCCCAUGAGUUUGGACAUACCCUUGGCUUAGAUCACUCCAGCAUCAGUGAUGCUCUCAUGUACCCCAUGUACUCCUACAGGGAAAACUUCUCUCUGCAUCCAGAUGACAUUGAAGGCAUUCAGUAUCUCUAUGGAAGUCAAACAGGCCCUAAACCCACUGAUCCUGAACCCGAAACCCCUACCACCAAUCCUUACCCAGACCCCACAGAUGAACCUGAACCCACUCCUACCACCCCAUCCCCUGUGGAUCCAAACAAAGAUGUGUGUAAGACGUUCAAAUUCGACACCAUCACUGUGAUCGAGGGAGAGCUACACUUCUUCAAUGAUGGACAUUUCUGGAAGGUACCCAGCCGCAGUGAUGCAGGACACAAGGGACCCCUGUCUAUUUCUGAGAGAUGGCCAGCUCUGCCAGCCGUCAUUGACUCUGCCUUUGAGGAUGUUCCAUCCAAGAAAAUAUACUUCUUCUCAGGAACAAGAUUCUGGGUGUACACAGGAAAAAGUGUUCUGGGUCCACGCAGCAUUGAGAAGCUUGGUCUGCCCAGCAGCGUUCAGAAAGUUGAGGGAGCGCUGCAUAGGGGGAAGGGCAAAGUUCUGCUUUUCAAUGGAGAAAACUUCUGGAGGUUGGAUGUCAAAACCCAAACGACUGAUAGAGGUUACCCCAAAUAUACCGACAUUGUGUUUGGUGGUGUCCCCAAUGAUGCUCAUGACGUUUUCCAGUACAAAGGUCACAUUUACUUCUGCAGAGAUAGUUUCUACUGGAGAAUGAACUCCCGGAAGCAGGUGGACCGCGUUGGCUACGUGAAAUACGACCUCCUGAGAUGCCCAGAGAACUCAGGCAUUCAUUACUGAGGCGUUGGCACAGAUCGAGCUAACAAACUGUCUGUGAUGUUUUGACAGCAACUUCUCUCUGCAUGCAUGUGUGG